UUUGGAUUGCCUUUAAAUAUAAGUUUCGGAAAUAAUUGGAAAACUUUUUCUUUAAUAAGAAAUGGAUAAAAAAUUCUAUUAUCCGGAAGAAGUAGAUGUGGUGAAAACGCAAUAUGAAUCAAAGUACGCUGGUCAGGGUCACAAUUAUUCUGUUCAAAGCGACACUGACAUACAGAUAGAGGAAAUAGUGCAGGAAAAACAUAAUCUUGUAGAGAAGCAAGAAAACAGAAAAGCACUAGACAAUGAUGAGGAGUCACUAAGCAAUGACUUGGAACGCCUCUGGGCAUGGAAACAACAGAAAACACAGGAAACUGGUGCUGAGACCCAUUCCCCCCAUGCCACAAGUGGCAUUCUGAGUGACAUAUCCUAUGGUUUCCGAAAUUUUGUGAAAUCCCUGGAUGAGGAUGCGGUUAAAUUAGAUAAUGAACAAAGGACCAAUGGCAACGACUUGAAUACAGAUUUGGUUGAUAUUUCCCGUAAUGGUCAAACAAAUGAAGAGGUCGGCCCACCGAUGACUUCCAUGAAGGCGAUGUCCCUGAAAAGAUACGAUCCAUGGCUUAGAAACCUGCAGGAUGAAGGUGAGAAGCCGGUCUCAGGCCUCCAGCGAAGCUUUCCACAAGAAGAAGAGACAUUAGACAGUCCCUUACCAAGAACGUCAUUUGAGCGCGUCAUCACUGAAGGCCUAAGUUUCAUAGCUGACCAAUCAUUGAACGAUCUCUCGGAGGACCAAAGUGGCAGCUUUCUGUCGCGGCUGCCAGACAAUGUUCAUUCCUUUCUUGGUGGCGACUAUGCCGAAUUCGAAAGCAAGCUACCACAAUCGAUAUAUGUCCGACUGGAGGCCCCCCACAACUGUGAUAGUAGUCACAGUGAGGAUAUUCUUGAUUCACAGGAUGGAAACGAAUGCUUCAAGCUGAGACAGCGCUUCGGUUUUCAACACAGUCAAUGUCGGAGCUCUUCAGAGAGUAGUGAACGAAUAUUUCCGCAGAGCUAUCAGCGUCUACACGGACCAAAAAGCAAAAUAGAGGAGCACACGAUAUCUGAUCAGAAUCAGUUUGACCCAGGAACCACGACUCAGCCAGAGCCAGAAUUUCGGUCGAUGCUUCCGUAUAAGUUCCAGCCCAAACUCAAGGCUGAACCACCGCAUCCAUACUUGGGCAAUGCAUCCUCUGAGAAAGAGCAGCAGCACGGCUUGUGGUCUCAUGGGCACUUGCAUAAUGCAGCUGAGUCACCUAAGUUGGUGCUAUAUCCAUCAUCGCAGAUUUCCACAAACUAUCUUAAUUCGCAGACGGAUAUUGCAACACCAUUGUCUAAAUAUCCAACUGAAUCAUUAAAUGAAGCAGCAGCCAGGAACUUUUCCGAGCCACUUUUUGAAGUGUGGUCCCGGGCCAAGGCCUACUCCAUUUGCUCCUCAGAAGCUUCUAUGAUCGGGGCACAAUCAUCAGACUCUGGGGGGAGCUCGGCUAUCAACUCAAUCAUUUCCCAUUCGCAAUCCUUUUCCUCCUCACUAAAUCAUUCGGAAGAUCAGGAUGUGCCUCAAAGAAGAUCGAAUGGCAGAUUAGAUGUGGGACGUCCAAGGGCGCCUGAUGUUUCCUGCUCUCCGCAACAUGAACGAAAAUCAAAUUCAGUAUCACAGACGUUCAGGAGGACGUCCCGUUCACGCUGGACCGAUUCCUGUUCCUCCACGUCAUAUAGCUCUCACUCAAGUGAUAGGACUUCAGAAAUGACAGAUGAUGUCAUAUUGCACCAUCAGGUGGAUCGGACUUCUGGUGCUCCAUUGGUGCCCAGGGACUCUUGCACUUCGAUGGUUCAAUUUCGUUAUAGCACCAUGGCGGAGUCACCUCAGGAAACUGCCAAAAAAUCGGCAAUAGUGUUGGUGGAACCAGUCCGGCGAAGGUCACAACCAAAGGUAAACAGCCAGGAACAGCAGAAGAUACAGGAGAAUAUUGUGUCCCAACCAUCUCGACCAUCUCCUCGGAUGGCUUACCUGGAUGUUUCAAUAAAUCAUCAGAAAAACUGCCCCCAGCAUCGAUCGCCAUUCAUGGUUGAAGCUCUUUUCAUGUCGUAUCAGUCAAAGCUUCCACCCAAAUCCCCAAAGGAGCAUCGUUUAACUUAUAGGGCUUCAGGGGACUCUCGCACAGCAUCGUCUGAAGAGAGGCCAGUGGAUUUUUUAGCCCUACCUCAACAUUCCCCCCGAUACCAGUCUCAUUUAUCGCCAGUAGAGACUUCUUACGAACAUCAACUGCCGUCCCGUUGCUCCCGCCAGACAGAGCAUCACACAGCGGUUGAGUCACAGGGGAUAAAUGCUUUGGAUGCAGUCAACACUGAAUGUCAUACAGCCAUUGAAGAUCCUUCGAAUUUUCCGUUAAGUUGUCUAGAAUCGCAGCCGCCAGUUUUGGUAAAGUUAAAGUUCGGCGAUAGAACCGUGAUCCACCAGGUGAUGCAGGCGUCCCACCGAGAAAGCGAAAUGCAAAACAAAUACAAUUUAAGGGAGAAUCAGCAGUCCGAAGAGAUCUAUGAUUCAGCUGAGGAUUUUGGCAUGAGAUGUCGUAGAAGCAUCGCCUCCCUGCCAAGUGCUGGCCAAGAAGUCCUUCACCUUGCCCAGAAAAUAAUCAACGAAAGUUCAGAAGUUGAGCGAGUUGAGUACUCAGACGAUGAGAAAAUUACUGAUGGAAGUAGAAAGACUUUACAGUUGCAGAAUAAUCAGGCGGAAUCACCCAAUAAGCUAACGCUUCCAAAGCCGGAUUACUUUUUGCCCAUGAAGCUCAGCUCCCAGACCGACAUCAUCAAACAGUGGCGCUCAAUUGAGCUGAUACGAAAAAGGCAACCGCCGUUGGGGGGCGGGCUCUACAGUCAAACGAAUCGGUUGCAGUUCCUCCCGAUAGACAUGCUGGAUGCAGACACCUCGGGCGGCCCUAUAUUUGAGGGUGACUAUGUUCAGUAUGCCAUGGAGCGUUCCAAAUACUUUGCUGAGAAAUUCGCAAAGCUUUCCGUGGAGGAGAUAGCCGAGGAUCUGCAGCUGAGACUGCGACAAAUACGAACCCUGCAAAACACCGCCGAGUCGCUCUUCGAGCCCCUUCUGGCUCGUCCGAUAAGCCCGACUAAGGUCAAGCACGCCAGGCACAGCUGCCCCCUGGGAUUGGUCAAAUGUCCGACGUUGCUCGAUGCGGAACUGCUGGCACACUUUUGUAGCGCUCAUCUCAAAAAGCUGCGCAGCCUGCAGCUCAGGGAGGUCUUCGAGAGCGACAGCCUGCUGAUUGUCUUCAAUCCCACGUCCAUUAGACUGGCUGUGAAUACUUGCAUGUCCAUAUUGGUGUAUGGAGGUACCGAGGACGAUGACUCCACGUUGCCGUUAAAGCGUCUAAUGCCAGUACGCAAUGCAAAUCUGACUGAGCCCUAUGCCUGCUUUGAAGGUCAUCUGCCCAUACUCGUGAUGAUUUGCCGCAACAAAGUGAGUGCCGUCAAUAGCAAGUUGGCUAGCUUCAAAGAAAACGAGAGCGAUAACGAUACAAACAAAGAGAACGAGAAAAGGAUCUCGAGCGAAGAUGAAGAUGUAUUCGCCUUGUGGGCAGUCACCAUGGAGCUGCCACGGCCCUUGCAUGUGCUGAUGACCGUCUUCAAUAGCCGCCUCGACAUCAGCCGCAGCAACAUCAUGUCGGUGCGUGGCCUGCACAAGUCCCAUAAUAGUGCGGAGUUUAUGAGCUGCAGCAAAAAAUACAUGCGGAUCUCCGAAGCCGAUAUGGAGGUCCUAAGCAAUGGCUUCACCGAACCGGUCUACCUGGAGCUCACGGUUAGGGAGUAUGCCACCUCCUCUCCACCCGCAUGACAACAGGCGCAACAGCCAAAUAUACAUUUAUAGCGCAUACCGCCACACGCAAUCUACAAUACAACACAAAUUGAUGAUACUCGGACACAACAAAAAUUAAUACAAACAUCUAAAUGUUCUGUUUUUCGGUUAUUU